AUGUACUACAAAUAUAUUCGUACUGCCGAUGCCAUCACAUCCUCCAUUACCAACUGCCAACUCGUUUCAUCCCCCGGGUUGAUUCCUCCGGGCUUAGUCGAUACGAAGUACUUCGUACAACACAGAGCUCCCCCUUGUUUGAUCUGCGAGUUCGCGUUCGCCAAGGAGGCUCAAAUGCGGCCGCCAACUCCUUCCUGCGGGCUCCGAUUCAUAUUCGUUUCCUUCUGGACCGAUGUGCUGUUGGCCAUUUACACUGGCCAGUUUGUCUUGGGAGGCAUCCGGCCCUCGAGGCUGAAGGUCCCCGCCCCGCACAACACAAACCAAGAACAACUCACAACUCUCACGCCCCCAUACCUCUUUCAGCCCCUGCAACUCAUUGGCAGGGUUAGAUCAUGUCCCAGCAUGAACUCGGAGGGCAACAAUCAACAACCCCAUCCCAUUGCGCCGCGUGUGGGGAAUCUAUGGCAGGUUCCGCCAUUGUCUCUCACACACACACUCUCUCUCUCUCUUAUGAUACUCGAUGACUCGAGCGCCAGCUUGCAAUCGAUCGUGACGCUUCCUGUGCAGAUGUACUGGAAACGCGGCCCCCGCGGACCGCAGGGCCAGUUUGCUCGACCGCGAUCCCCAAACAAACCUUCGUCGACCCAUUGGGCCAGUUUUCCGUUGAAUACCUACCUUCCGGUAACGAACGUGCAGCAUGUUUCAAAACAUCGCCGGCUCGUCUCUCUGCGUUCCGUGCAUUUCGUGCGUUUGCGUGCCUCGACGACCAAUCAAGCAGCCAAGGGCGACCUGCUCGUCAUUGGAAUCAAUGGUUUGGUUGUGGAGGAGUUCUACACCUUCUGUCCGCCUUUCGAGAUGAUCGUGCAAAGGUGCCUCGCUAUCUGGCCUAUCAGCAUCUCUGAAUUACAAGCUGUCGGACAUCGGACGUCGGACUAUAUUUAUUCCGAUAGACUUUCAUACCUGGCACGCAACGGCGCAGGCCAACAACCCCAGCUGGGCCAGCUCAGGCUGCCAGUGGGCAGCCCAUCCAAAGUAGGCAAGACAGGCUGCCAACUCAUCGUCCCGUCGCAUCCGGCUAAGACGGCCCCUGUCAAAUCCAACUUCUCACCGGUGUCAUCUGCAACUGAUCAACCAUCCUGGAUGUACCAACCGUCGUUUCUGUCUGGACACGCCAACUUUCUUUCUAUGAUCCUGGCACGCUGGCUGCGGCUGGCAUUCCCUUGCAAGCUUCGUGCUGGCAGACUCCUCCUACCGACUCCUCGUCAACAACUCACACUAGCUACUGCCGCCACUGAUACGCCCCAGCCACUGGGAACGUCGUGCCCCCGACAGCUUCAGUCUUCGCUCCCACAAUCUUCAAAUAUUUCUGAUAAAUCUGCAAUGACUUUGGGCUUUCAUCAUAAUGAUGCGGAACAACAAAGCAGCUUCCAAUGGGGUUGCGGCGGAUAUCCCGCGUCCAGUUGCGAACAUAUACCGGCACACUUUACUGCAGAGUAUUUAAACGAGGAGGAACAGCUGUCAUCCCGCAUUUAA